UGUUUUUUGGGGAAAUUGUGAACGCAUUUGGAACGAUCAAGUAUUUUGUGAUUAGCAAGGUCUUGAAACUGAGCUGCGUAGUCCUUCAGAGCAACGCUCGUGUGUGCCCGUGGUAUAAUCCGUCGCAACAUCGGACGAAAGAAAAUUAUAUCCACGUCGAUCUGAGGAUGGAGGAAUACGCGAGAGAACCUUGUCCAUGGCGGAUUGUCGACGAUUGCGGAGGCGCGUUCACAAUGGGAGCGAUCGGGGGUGCCCUGUUUCAGAGCAUUAAGGGAUUCAGGAAUGCACCGAGCGGUAUGAACAAACGGUUCGUCGGAAGUUUGAUGGCAAUAAAACAGAGAUCGCCUAUUAUUGCCGGAAACUUUGCCGUCUGGGGCGGUAUGUUCUCAACGAUCGACUGUACCUUGGUACACUUCAGGCAUAAAGAAGAUCCGUGGAAUUCUAUUAUCAGUGGGGCGGCGACGGGCGGAAUAUUGGCUGCGCGAAACGGUGUCCCAGCGAUGGCAGGGAGUGCGAUUAUAGGCGGUGUUUUAUUGGCGCUGAUAGAAGGCAUCGGUAUAUUAUUCACCAGGCUUUCAGCCGAGCAAUUCAAACCCCCUACCCUUGUUCCAGAGGAUCCCUCCCAGCUUGGCCCUCCCCCGACGCUCGCAGAGUCGAGAAACUAUUCUUAAUAAGCUUUAGCUUUAGUUCCUCCACCGUAUUAGGGUACUACAAUUCACUAGUUUCUUUAUAUUUCAAAUAUCGGCGAUGUCUGAAUAAUCGCCGAUCGAAUAAAAGGUUCGACCUUAUCUGACGAUUCUUUAAUUUACCCACAACCGCGGGUACUUUCGGAUCAACAUAGACGUUCCAGACGGACUUAUGUUUAUAGUGUGUAAGCAAGAAAAAUUAUGAUGUUUUAUUGCAGUCUAUGUAUGGUUUCGUUUAUUAAUCAAACUUCUUUGGGUACUCUGCCAUUACUUGGCGACAUUACAUUGUAUGAGAUCAGUUCGUGAAAAGAAAAGCAUGGCUGUAAUAAUAAACGCAGGGUUGCUGCAAAGUGGGUAAAAACUGAAAAAUCUCAGGGAAUGAUACUUUGAAGCCUGGAAUGUAAAGUACUUCUAUAGGUCAAAAAACUUCAAAUCUACGGAGAUCUGACAGUUUUAUACAUAAUCACUGGUAAAGUUAUUUAUAAUAUAACAUUUUUUCUUUAGUCUAAAAUUAAAACAAGUAGCAACAAUCCUGCGAUGCGAUAUCAUUGUCAUUCAAAUAGGCACCAGGAGUCAGCGGAGAUUACGUUGUUAUUAUUCCAAUUAAGCCGGCAAGGUUUGUGUUUACACACAUUGGAUAAUUGUGAAAAUCAUAAAGUUUUCUCUUGUAAAAAUAUAAGAUAAAAUUCUCUGUUUAAA